AUGGCCGCCACCACUAUGAGUCACGUGUUCGAGUACGAGAACGAGCUGAACGACAAUCUCUAUAACCUAAAAAUGUCGGGGAAGAGCAAGGCGAGCAGCAUGAGGCUCAGGAGGGCCCUGAAGCCGAUUCUACGACUGUUGAAGAAGAAGACCAGCCGUAGCGGGAAACACCCCAAGGAUCAGAAAGCGGUCCCCCAAGUCGAGAGCUUCACCGAGGAGGUCGAGAACCAGAACAACGCGAACGAGGCGCUCGAGAUGAGACUUCUGGCUGAACUUCAGGACGCAGAGGAGGGAGCCGCGAUCACUGUCUGCCUCGACGGACAAAUGACAGUUGUUCCGGUUGUACCUGGUCAGUGCUACGUGCCCGUUCACUUCGCGCACACCCACGCUGGGGACUUCUAUUGGACGACCCUGAGCAUGGCCGAUAGUGAUCUGUGCUACAAGGAACGCGCUUUCUCGCAGCAUCAAACGCCCGAGAUGCAAGUCGCGUGA